AUGGGGUCUUUGGGGGCCACAGGGACGGGGGAAUUGACACUUACACGAAGUCUGAGACUCAGAGAAGCCUUAAAGAAAGACCCUACUCUCCUAGAAGGUAUGCGGGAAGCCAUAGAAGAUAUCUUAGAUGAACAACUAGAAGAAAAGCAUGGAAUUAAACCUGGUGCUGAAGGUAUAACAACAAAGGUCUUCAACAACAAGAUGUCCACUCUGAAACAACAGAGACAACAAACACAUGCAAAGAAAUAUCCAAAGUUCUUUGACAUUCGCCAGCAGAUGCUCAGAGAAGUUGAUCGUAUUGCUAAAGAGAGAAUGCAAGCGAAGAAAUCUAGUCCAAAACCAGGCCCCAGCCCAACAAAAGAGAGAGCAGUACCCCAGUCACAGGUGAAGAAAUCAAAGCAGAACCGUGCCCCACCCCCCAGGCCUGCCCCCAGGACCCCCAGUCCUAGUAAAGAGAGGGGACCAGCCAUGUCCCAGACAAUGUCUACUACAGGAUCUGCUAGUCAGUGGGACUCAGGCGAGGAUAACUCCGAGGAUUACACUCACUCCAGUGAGGAUGAAGAUCCCCCAGACUACCACUCAUUACCUAGCAACAAACACAACAACAAAAAUACUCCAACACCUAAUUCCCAGACAAAACCUGUGUCAAAAUCAACUCCAAAAUCACCUAAACCAACAAUGCCGAAGAAAUCAUCGGAAACUAGUUUUACAGGAUUCGGUCGAGGGACGGCGGCUGUUCAGUUUGAAGAUGAGGAGGAUGGUGAGGAAUCAGAGUGGGAUUCCGAUGCAAGUAAAGUGUGGUGGGAGCUAAAUAGAGUGUGGUGCUGCGCCACAGUCCAAAAGCCUGGUGAGAGCCCUGCUAAAUAUUUCCAGUUGGAUUAAUGAAAAUAUUCCUUGGCAUACAAUAAGAUGAUCUUGUAGACAUG